AUGUCAGUACUAAAAGCAGAUAACAUAAUAAAUAUAAAUAAAAACCAAAAAGCGGCAGUUGAUGUCCAAUUGAAUAAUGUUCUUAAAAACAAUUUACAUGAAAACCGUGAGCGAAUAAAGCCAAUUUUCAUUACACUUCCAGUAACCACAGCGACUAGUGAACGCUCUUUUUCGACCCUUAAACGAUUGAAAACGUAUUUAAGAAAUACGACGGCACAGUCACUAUUAAAUGGAUUGACAUUAAUGAACAUACAUAGAGACAUUCCACUAUCUAUAAAUGAAAUAAUUGAUGAAUUUAGUGUAAAAGCCAGAAGAAUGAAUUUCCGCCUAGAUUGA